AUGAAGAGGAUCCACAGUAUGGAUGGGAGUCUGUUUGUGCUGCUUGUGCUGUCAGGGCUUCUGAAGACCACUUCUGGUCUCUCUCGUCAGUACUACUAUAUAAAUGCAAGAAUGUCAUGGCCAGAGGCUCAGAGUUACUGUAGAGCAAAGCACACUGAUCUGGCUACUGUAGACAGCAUGGAUGAUGCAAGCGGGCUGAUAAAUUUCGUGGAUGCUGGAUACAGUGGAUCAGUGUGGAUUGGACUGAAGAGGGGGACACAGAAACGCUGGGUUUGGUCUAAUGGAGAAGAUACACUUGCAGAGUACAAGGCCUGGGGUGCAGGAGAACCGAACAUUCGAAACAAUUGUAGCUUUCUUGCCUAUGGAGUUUGGAAUACUUUACAAUGCUCAUCUGUGAUUUACUUUGCGUGCUACAAUGAAAGCACUGGAUACAUUUCGGUAAAGAUGUGGAAGAACUGGACAGAUGCUCAGAGCUACUGCAGACAGCAUUACACAGAUCUGCCUACCAUCCACAACGCUGUGGAACACAAUCAGCUGAAGAGUGUUGUUUUGUCUACAUCAUGGGUCUGGAUUGGUCUAUUCCUGGACUACUGGGAAUGGUCUGACAAAUGGAGCAACUUCUUCAGAUACUGGGCAGCAGGUCAACCACUUCAGAGAUCAGGAUCUGGUGACUGUGUUGGCAUGACAACAGCCGAUUCUGGGAAAUGGAUUCAUGAAAGCUGUGAUCUACACCAUCCUUUUAUCUGCCAUGGAUGGCCCAAGUCUCCUUACCGCACAUACCAGUAUAUGAAUGAAAGCAUGAUCUGGCAAGAUGCACAGAGUUAUUGCAGAGCGAGAUUCACUGAUCUGGCCACUGCUGACACCAUGAAUGAUGUGAGAAGGCUAGUAAACAUAGUGGAUCCUGGAUACAAUGGAUCAGUAUGGAUAGGUCUCCACACCGGGACUCAGUCUCGCUGGGUCUGGUCUAUGGGGGAAGGCACAAUCUCUAACUACACUAUCUGGAACCCAGGAGAACCUAGUGGUGAUGGGAAGUGUGUGAGGACUUUUAAUGGAAGCUGGUAUGAUGAAAGCUGCAGCACUCAUCUCCCAUUUGUGUGUUUCAAUGACAGCACUGGUUUUAUUACAACUGAAUCUGCCAUGACAUGGAGAGAUGCUCAGAGUUACUGCAGACAACAACAUACUGAUUUAGCGAGCAUCAGCAGCCCAGAGCAGCAGAAUCUGCUCAGUAAUGAAUCGUCGCUCUGGAUUGGUCUGUUUCUGGACUCUUGGGAAUGGUCUGAUCAGUCCAAUCUCAGUUUUAGACACUGGGACGCAGAUCAACCAUCACAGACUUCAGGAUCUGGUGACUGUGUUGGCAUGACAACAAACAAUUCUGGGAAAUGGACUCAAAAGAGCUGUGAUCUACAGCAGCCUUUUAUCUGCUAUGGAGCUGACACCUUAAUAAGAAAACAGAUUGUACGUUUAAAGUUGUCCUGUAAUGGGAAAUGUACAUUAAAUGAUCCCUCUCUACAGACUGCCUUUCUAAACAUGAUAAGUGAAAAACUGAAGAGCAUGGGGCUAGAAAGUGACAACAUUAAAUGGAUACAGAGAGAAGACGAAGAGGUGUUUCAUCUAGAGAGCAAAUAUACAGAAAAAUCAAAUAAUCAGUGUAACAGGAAGUAAUCAUCAAUGUACUUCUUUAAAG